UUCCAUUUUAAUCCUUACAGAAAAUUCGUCCCGUUCCGGCAUUUGUGAUAUUAAUAAUUAGGUCAAUCAACCCCUUGGAACACAUCUGGUAUUGUUACCAUCAUAUCGUAACGGGUCCUCAUAGUAGGCCAAUCAACUUGGUGGAGUCCGCCGAAGAAAAAAGUGAAAUGUCAAAAUAAGUUACCAGAACUCAAGUGUUAGGGGAAAUUUAAAAUUAUCCGUGCAAUAUUUAUUGUGUAAGUGAUAAACCAUAAGAAAAAACCAUAAUCGGGAUUUUUCCCUGAAGUGUGAGUGUGUGAUUCUAACAAAAUAGAACAACAGGGAUAAGCUCCCCCUCUGAAAAAAAAAACCAACCAGGCAAUAAACCCAACUGGAAAAUGGAGUUCCGAUUCAACUGUCAUCCCCUGUUCCGGCAGCGGAUUGUGCGGAUCAAUAAUUCGCUGCUGCCGACCGGAUUCGUUGCCCCCAAUCGACGCGUAGCGCUCGAUGCCACCGCACAAAUCGCCGAAAUCAUUAACUUUGUCGGUCAACUGUCGGCCCAUGCCCAAGGACUGUCGAAUCCGGUCACUACCUCGCAAAAACUGCGGAGCUCCGAUCAUCACAUCUACCUUAUGUUCGAAUCGAACGAUAGAAACGGCCUGGUGGUGGGAAUCCUGAAGGUGGGUCGCAAAUCGCUGUACGUGUUCGACCAGACUGGAGAAACCGUCAAUGUGACGGCACCGUGCGUGCUAGAUUUUUACGUUCACGAGUCGCGACAGCGUGGUGGUCUCGGCAAGGAGCUCUUCGAAUACAUGCUGAACGAGGAAAAGAUUCAACCCUCGGAGAUGGCCAUCGAUCGACCGUCGGAAAAACUGCUCGGAUUCCUCGCAAAGCACUACGGUGAGUUCAGCUAA